AUGUUCUCUCCCUCGCCUUCAACGGCUGCUUUACACUCUCCCAGGACAGGAGCUGUAUCACAUCCACGCUAUGAUCCCCAAAGCGCCUCUCCAGCUCCACAGUUCAAUAGCCCCCGUUCUUCUCGUGUGGCUAUUGAAGAGUUGCGCUCAGCCUUAAAUCGCCAUACUGUCGAUCCUUCCUCCCCUGAGUCCGAGUCCCCCUCCGACCUUUUUAGACGCGCUUCUGCUGCAAGCGCGACUGGUGCUGGUGAAGCAAUCCUGCCCCCCGAUAUAGCAUUAGCCUCUUCACAACAUACUCAGUCUAUUGCCACUCUUGCCACGGCCACAUCACCUGCUCCCACCGAUUCACCACACAUCCCCACCACCUCAAUGCCCGCUCCCGACACACUAGGGUCUAACAAGCGCAACAGCCAAAGUGAUCACAACCCUCCUGGUGCCUCGUCGCCAGUGGGACAGUCCACUAGUCGCGAUGUUGAGGCUUCGCAGGCAAAGCGCUUACGAUCCUCCGCAGGGCUGGUCAAAAUCCUCCCAAUGCAAUACGAGUUUGCCGAUCCCCAUGACCUUGUAGUGCUGAUCUCCAGCAUGCUCAUGGAGUUGAUCCGAUUCAACGACAAGAUACCCCUGCACCAGGGUCGCCUGACGCGCUUCCAUUCUCGAUCUCCUCCCCGGAUUUCCGUGCUAAAUUACCUACAGCGUCUUACGACUCAUGCUACUCUUUCGCCCCCAAUCCUUUUGAGCAUCGUCUACUAUAUCGACCGUCUGUGUGCAUUAUUCCCAGCUUUCACAGUCUCAAGUCUUACUAUUCACCGUUUCCUCAUUACGAGCGCCACUGUUGCUAGUAAAGGGCUCAGUGACAGCUUUUGGACCAAUAAGACAUAUGCGCGAGUUGGCGGCAUCAGUAUGGACGAGUUGGCCAUGCUAGAGCUAGAAUUUUUGUUUCGAGUGCAAUGGCGAAUCAUACCAGAGCCAGAGGUUUUGGUCGAUUACUAUCAAAGUUUGGCAGAACGAUGUGAUGGCUUCGAAAUCGAGCGUAUCGACCUAAGCGCUUCAACUACAGCCGCCAGUACUCCUGCAGCAUGA